UCCGCUGACCGACGCACCUCUCCUCCUCCUGCCUCUCUUCCGAUAGAUAAGAUUUCUAGAUAAGGAUUUCGUUCCGGAAAGAGGGAGAAAGAGAGAGAGAGAGAGAGAGAGAGAGAGUACGCACGUAUGAUUUCCAUCGUUUCGCCGAUUGCGAACAUUGCGCAAUAAGAGCGGGAGGAUCAUUUUCCCGGCGCGUUUUUCCCGUAAUCCGUUGCACGACGUGCGUAGAAAUAACCUCGCGUCCGUUUAUACAUUCGCCGCUAUCAUUGUUAAUGCAAAUCCUCCGGAUCUCGAAUGUCGUGGCAUGCGAAAGUAUGUACACCCUCGCCUGGCCAGCCCCUUCUAUACUGUAAGUUCGUGGGCGCCUUACCUGCAGGUGGACAGGUGCGCUUCAGUCGGUCGCCUGACUGUGUCGUGAUAACACACACCGCCGACCGCGCUUAACCGGACGCACCAACUGUGACGCACAUCCGCUCGUGCCUGCGAUACGCGCGCGUGUUUGCGUGAAUUUUUCCGCAACUCAAAUUCGCCUCCCCUCACGGUUGCGUCGGCGUCGAAAUCUUUUUGCAAUCCUUUUCCCCUUCUCGUGGAUUUUUCUUCUCGCCGUCUCCGUUCCUUCGUUUCAACGUUAAGCUUUUAGCAACUCGCUGAGUUGAGCUUCUUUUCUUAGUGAUCUUCGAGGAGAGCAUUUGCCCCUGACAAUUAUUAUCGACAAUAAUAAUGGUCCCAGCGAAUCUAUAAUCCUGGUUCGUUCGAGCUCACAAGAGCGUUUCUUUUCUCGUGGCGAAAUAACCAUUCUCGGAUCGCACGUUUGCGCGACGAUUAACACGGCGAUGAGCAGCGACGUGGGUGAGCGUGUGGACGAGAUGGAUCGUGGGGUGCACGUGUGAAGUUUACGUAAACGCGGCGAUUUGAGCCGAUUGCUGACAACAUUCAGUCGUUCAACGGGUCGCAGCAAUUGAUCUCAAUUGCAUCUCGUCGCGAAAAAUUACGCGUAAAAUUACCGCAACGCAGAGAUGACCCAAUACAGCAGCGGCGGCAGCAGCAGCAGCGGCAGCAGCACCACCGGUCAGAGUGACUUCAAGAAUCGCGGAGGUCGAGUACUGGAGGAGAAGCUUAUGGUCGCUGUGCGUAUCCGACCGUUGGCACUCAAUGAGAGUGGCACCAGGUCCUUGCACGCUGUCAACGACAAGAUGGUGAUGUUGGAGGACCAGGACAGCGACAAGCAGAAACGCGCAGUGCCACGGCAAUAUCUCUACGACAUAGUCUUCGGCGAGGAUUCCACCCAGGAGCAGGUCUACGAAGGCACCACAAAGAACCUGGCGCAGGACGUCCUGAACGGUUACAACGCCACUGUGUUCGCCUACGGUGCGACGGGCGCAGGGAAAACGCAUACGAUGGUAGGGACAUCGUCGAACCCUGGGAUCAUGGUGCGUGCCUUGAACGACAUUUUCUUAGCCGCGCAAAAACUGCCGGACAACACGGAAUUCACGGUGACUAUGUCGUACAUGGAGAUUUACAACGAGAAUAUACGCGACCUCCUCAACCCCAGCUCCGGCUACCUGGACCUGCGCGACGACACUCGCGGUCGCAACGUCCAGGUCUCGGGACUGACGGAGGUCUCCACCAACUCGACCGAGGAGGUGAUGCAGCUGUUGCAUCGGGGCAACAAAGCGAGGACGAUGGAGCCGACCGCCGCGAACAAGACGUCGUCGCGAAGCCACGCUCUCCUCAGCGUCACGGUGCGACAGUCCUCGCGGCCGAUUCAGGACGGCGAUCAGCGUCUGCGGAACCGGGUGAAGCAAGGCCGGCUGUUCAUGAUCGACCUCGCCGGGUCUGAGCGGGCGAAACAGACUAAGAACAAAGGCAAGAGGCUGCAGGAAGGUGCGCACAUCAACAGGUCUCUCUUGGCGCUGGGCAACUGCAUCAACGCUCUGUCCGGCGGCGCGCGAUACGUGAAUUAUCGCGACUCCAAGCUCACCAGAUUGCUGAAGGACGCGCUGAGCGGCAACUGCCGAACCGUCAUGAUCGCCCACGUGUCGCCGGCGAGCACGCACCGGGACGAGAGCAAGAACACCCUGAUCUACGCGGACCGUGCCAACAAGAUCUCCAACAAGGUCGAGCGGAACGUAUUGGACGUGAGUUACCUGCACGUCGCGCAGUACCGCGACAUAAUCAGCGACCUGAAGACCGAGAUCUCCCGGCUGCGGAACAAGAUGAAGGAGGACCGGCCAAAGAGGGUGGAGGAGAAGGAGCCAGACACGCGGGACAACGACUUCAGAUCGCUGAGGGAGAAGAUUGUGUCCGCCUUUAAGGAGCAGAUGCGUUUAAGGAGGAAAUUGAUGGAGCUGGACAGUCACCUGCUGGGCCUGAAUAUCGCGGCCGAGCAGCAACACUCCAUAAUCUCGCACUGGGAGUCGAGGAACAACCGGGUUUACGGGAAAAGUCGGGAUUCUAACACGAGACGUCCCGAUACGGACUACCAAGUAGACGAGGUGGACGACGUGGUUCGAGGCGCGAUUUACGAUACUUGGAUCGGAUUCGAUUUCUUAGACCUCCUGGAGGAUACGGACCUGGAGGACGACGUGGCGGUGCAACAAGCGUGGACAGAGCUGACGGAGAUUACGAGAGAGCAGGAGAGGUACGCGGAGAUGCGGGCCGCCGCGGAGAAGGAGCUCGAGGCCUGCCGGAAACGCAGCGCAGCGCUCGAAGACGAGUUGCCGUCGCGCAUCAACUCGGACGAGGAGCGCGAGCUGUUGGCACUGAUGCUGCGCGUGCACGAGCUGGAGGCAGACAAGAUGAUGCUGCAGAGCGAGAGGCUGGUGAAGCAGCAUGAGCUGAGGCGUCGGGAGCUGCUGUUGCUUCGCUACGACCGACAGAGGCAGAUCUCCGACGAAAUCAUCACCAGGCAACGACGGAUCAUGGAGGACGGUCGCCUGGCGCUGCCGCCGGACCUGCAGAAUCUCUACGCCAUGUACCAGCAGGAGAUCCAGGCGGCGACGUACGUCGACAGCAGCCUCGGUGAUCUCGUGUCGCCGACCACGUCGUUCGGCAAGCUACCGCCUAUAUCCAGCAGGUUGAGUUACGACAAUCUCAACAACGACAUGAGAAUAGCCAGCAGCUCGACGGAUUCCGACUGGGAGUCGCCGCUGCCGCCGAUUCAGGAGCCGCCUGACGUGGAGCACGUGAUGGGCCCGGUGGUACAGCCCCUGAUCUCCCCGGCCGCGCUGUUCCCACCGAUAUCGGCGGUUCCGCGAAACCACGACAAGAAGCUACGACGGGUCGCGAGCGACGACAGCAUCGAUUCGAUGCGAUUUGUGCACAACAGCGGCGGGGGCCGCUUCGCCGCUUUCCGAAGAAUCGACGACCGCGGGAAGGCCAGCUGAGGUCGCCUUUGAAACGUUCCCGUCGUCUCUCACGAGCGGUUUUGCGUGACCCGGCCGAAGCUUGGACGCUGCUCCGAGCGGUCUCAGAGAC